AUAAUAUUUUUCUAGGGUUUUGCUUAAAAUCCCCAUUUGCUAGCUAGAGAGAGGGUUCUUGUAUUGCCUAAAGCCGCCGCCGACAAUCCACAUUUCAAUCAUGAUCAUUCCAGAGAAGAACAGGAGAGAAAUCUCAAAAUACCUCUUCCAAGAGGGAGUUUGCUACGCGAAGAAAGAUUUCAAUUUGGCCAAGCAUCCCGAUAUCGAUGUGCCCAAUCUUCAGGUGAUUAAGCUGAUGCAGAGCUUCAAGUCGAAGGAAUAUGUUCGUGAGACAUUUGCUUGGAUGCACUACUAUUGGUUCCUAACCAACGACGGCAUCGAAUUUCUUCGCACUUACUUGAACUUGCCUUCUGAAAUCGUCCCCGCCACUUUGAAGAAGUCUGCACGGCCACUUGGACGCCCAAUGGGCGGCCCACCUGGUGAUCGCCCACGUGGCCCACCUAGAUUUGAAGGAGAAAGGCCGAGGUUUGGUGACAGAGAAGGGUAUAGAUCAGGCCCCCGUGGAGGACCACCUGGUGAGUUUGGUGGAGAGAAGAGUGGCGCUCCGGCUGACUACCAGCCAUUUUUCAGGGGUCCUGGUGGAAGAGGUGGUGGCUUUGGCCGUGGAUCGGGUGGCUUUGGUGCUGCUCCCUCUGGCUCAGAUCUUCCUUAAGUCUAUGUUUUUUCUAUCUGAAUACAUGAGCUAUAGGUAUCAAGAUAGUACUUGGUGUCUGCUAGUUGUUGUUCUUAAUUUUUCAGUAACUUUCAUAGAAUGAUUAUUGCUCAAUGUUUUAUGGCUUCACGGUUGAAAACAAAAUCUAUACAUUGUGGUUUCAGUGUUGCUUUUUUAAAAAAUUAUGGUAUUUUUUGGUUGCUUUUGCUUGA